ACCCACACUUCAUAUCAUCUCUCUCCCUCAACAUGGCUAAUUCCAAAUCUAACCUCGUCUUCUCAUCCUUCUUCUUCUUCCUCUUCACCAUUUCUGCUUUCUCCCUUCUCUCCUUCUCCUCUCCGUCCCUGGCAGACGCAGUCCCAUCCUUAACCAGCCCCAUUUCCCGAGAAGCCAUUUGCAAGUCCACCCCUUACCCCUCCUUCUGCAGAACCGUCCUCCCCCACAACGACUCCGCUAACGUCUACGACUUCGGCCGCUACUCCGUCCGCCGCUCCCUCGCCACAGCCCGCAAAUUCCUCCGCGAAGUCAACAACUACCUCAGACACCGCUCCUCUCUCUCCAUCACCGCCGUGCGCGCCCUGGAAGACUGCCGCUUCCUCGCCGAACUCAACAUAGACUUUCUCAGCAGCUCCUUCAGAACCGUAACCACCACCGCUUCCAGAACUCUCCCCACCCUGCAGGCCGAUGACGUCCAAACCCUCCUCACCGCCAUUUUAACCAACCAGCAAACCUGCAUAGACGGUAUCCAGUCCACGGCGAAUUCAUGGAGUCUGAAGAAUGGGCUGUGGACCCCACUCGCUAACGGCACUAAGUUGUACAGCGUGUCUCUGGCUCUGUUCACCAAGGGCUGGGUUCCGAGGAAGAAGAAGGGGGCGUGGGCGCCGAAGAGGAAGCACCCCGCCGCCGCCGCCUUUCUCAACGACCGGCUGCCACUGAAAGUGGUGGGGAGGAGACUGCUGCAGACCGGCGGCGACGCGGAUCGGAUUAUGGUGAGCGACAUGGUGGUGGUGAGUCAGGACGGGACGGGGAACUACACGACCAUUAGCAACGCGGUGGCCGCCGCUCCCAAUAACACUGAUGGUGCCGCUGGGUACUUCGUGAUUUACGUCACCGCAGGGGUUUACGAGGAGUACGUGACGAUCGCGAAGAACAAGAGGUACGUGAUGAUGAUCGGCGACGGCAUUAAUCAGACGGUGAUAACCGGGAAUCGAAGCGUGGUGGACGGGUGGACUACGUUCAAUUCUGCUACAUUUGCAUUGCAAGGAAUGGGGUUUGUGGGGGUGAACUUGACUAUCCGAAACACAGCCGGCGCGGCAAAGCACCAGGCGGUGGCGCUCCGGAGCGGAGCCGAUCUAUCCACAUUCUACAGCUGCAGCUUCGAAGCAUACCAAGACACCUUAUACACCCAUUCUCUCCGGCAGUUCUACAGAGAAUGUGACAUCUACGGCACCGUAGAUUUCAUCUUCGGCAACGCCGCCGCCGUCUUCCAAAACUGCAACAUAUAUCCCCGGCUGCCGAUGACCGGCCAGUUCAACGCCAUCACCGCCCAGGGCCGGCAUGACCCGAACCAGAACUCGGGCAUCUCCAUCCACGGUUGUACCAUUAAAGCGGCCCCAGAUCUGGCUUCCUCCAAUGCUACCUUCAAGAAUUAUCUCGGGAGACCGUGGAAGGAGUAUUCCAGGACGGUGUAUAUGCAAUCUUUCAUGGAUAGAUUGAUUGAUCCGUCGGGGUGGAGCAUUUGGUCUGGGGAUUUUGCUUUGAACACAUCGUAUUAUGCCGAGUUUAAUAACUCUGGACCCGGCUCCGCGACGGCGAACAGGGUCACGUGGCUUGGAUAUCACCGGAUUAACGCCACCGAGGCUGCCAAUUUCACCGCGUCGGGGUUCCUGCUCGUGGAUAGUUGGUUGCCGGAAACAGGGGUGCCUUAUUUUAGCGGCUUUGUGUGAUUAAUCUUGCAUAUAUAUAUAUAUAUAUAUAUAUAUAUAUAUAUAUAUAUAUAUAUAUAUUUGGGGUUGAUUUCAUUUACUUCCUGUUCUUUUAUUUGAUUCUUGUAAUUGUUUAAUAGAAGUUGUGGCAGAUGAUUCUCAAUCUUUCCCGCUGCGAAAUUUGGGACAGAUUUGAAUAUUAAUUGAUGUAUUAAUUGACAAAAAUGUCGAUACAUUUAAUUCCCCAAAUAAAACAGAGGAGGUAUUGG